UUUCAAAAACCUAGUAAUAAUCCAAACAAACAGGACCCUUGUAUUGGUUUCCUGACUUUCCCUUCCUUUCCUACUUCUUUCAAAAUCAUAACGAAAAUGAAAACAUAAAAGUACGGAAAUAGACGAUAGAAGAUAGUUCACGAUGCACGACUGAAAGUGGUGUAGUGAGGAGUGAGGACCAAUUGAGGACUAAGAACUUGUUAUGUUUAGCAAGCAAUAUUCAGCUUUCAGAUUCAAGCCAGCGUUGUCGACCACUUCCUUCUCCUUCCUUUCCCUCCCAAAACACUUGAAACACCAAUCGACCUCAGUCCUAUGCAAAGAACAAAAGCCCAUCAACCAUGGAAUUCACAUCCUUUCCGACCACCCAAACCCAGAAAUCUCUGCCUUUCCCACAAAGGGAUUCUCAGAGAUUACGAGCUUGGCUACGGGGAGAGCUUUACAUGCAAUUUGUAUCAAGGAAUGCAUCAACUUGAGUCUCUUCCAUUCAAAUACCUUAAUAAAUAUGUAUUCAAAAUUCGAAAACGUUCAUAUUGCCCAGGCAUUGUUUGAUCAGAUGCCUCAAAGAAAUAAGGCUUCGUGGAAUACCAUGAUCUCUGGUUAUGUAAGAGUAGGCUUUUACGCAGAAGCAAUUGGAUUGUUCAGUGAAAUGCGGGACCAAGGCAUUAAUCCCAAUGGAUAUGUGAUAGCCAGCUUGUUAACCGCUUGCAGCAGGUCUGUGUCGAUGGUUUGUCAAGGAUUCCAAAUUCAUGGCUUUGUUGUUAAAAUGGGACUGUUAUUUGAUGUGUUUGUAAGCAGUGCACUUCUGCAUUUUUAUGGCACAUAUAGCUUAACCUGUAAUGCCCGGAUGGUUUUUGAAGAGAUGCCUGAACGAAAUGUAGUUUCUUGGACUUCCUUGAUGGCUAGCUAUUCAAACAAUGGUGAUCCAGAGGAGGCGGUAAAGAUUUAUAUCAAAAUGCGGCAUGAAGGGGUCAGUUGCAAUCAGAACUCUUUGGCAACAGUUAUUAGUGCAUGUGGGUUGCUCGAGGAUGAAUUGCUGGGACUUCAGGUUCUUGCACAUGUUAUAGUUUCUGGAUUUGAGUCUAAUGUUUCUGUUUCUAAUUCUCUUAUAUCCUUGUUUGGUAGUGUUUUCUGUAUGGAAGAUGCAUGCUAUAUUUUUUGUCAGAUGAAGGAACGUGAUACAAUAUCAUGGAAUUCAAUGAUAUCAUCAUAUUCACAUAAUGGGUUUUAUGAGGAAUCACUUAAAUGUUUUGAUCAGAUGCGUCAUGCCAAUGUAAAACCAAAUUCUGCUACAUUUUCUAGCUUGCUUUCAGCUUCUAGUUGCGUUGAUAAUCUUAAGUGGGGCAUGGGUAUUCAUGGUCUAGUUGUUAAACUCGGAUUGGAAUUAGUGGUUAGCAUAUCUAAUACUCUUAUUAACAUGUAUGCUGAGUCUGGAAAGUCUCAAGAUGCAGAGCUUUUGUUUCAAGAGAUGCCUGAGAGGGAUUUGAUUUCAUGGAAUUCCAUGAUCGCUUGCUAUGCAGAGGAUGGGAAGUAUCAAGAUGUCCUAAAACUCUUGGCAGAAAUUUCAGGGACUAGAAAAAUAGCAAACCAUGUGACUUUUGCUAAUGCAUUGGUUGCAUGUGCAAGUCAUGAAUCUCUAAUCUAUGGAAAGACCCUCCAUGCAGUUAUAAUCCGUGCAGGGCUCCAUGACAAUUUGCUUCUGGGGAAUGCAUUAGUGACUGCCUACGGAAACUGUCGCACAAUGAGAACGGCUAAACUGGUUUUCAAAGUAAUGCCAAAGAGGGAUGUAGUUACAUGGAAUGCACUUCUAGGGGGAUAUGUUGAAACCAAGGAACCGGGUGAGGCAAUAAAGACCAUUAACUUGAUGAGAGAAGAUGGAACAUUUGCAGACUACAUUACCAUUGUGAAUGUUCUUGGUUCUUGCUCUACUCCAGAUGAUCUAUUGAAAUAUGGCAUGCCUUUCCAUGCCCAUAUAAUUCUAAGUGGAUUUGAAAGAGAUGAUUAUGUGAAGAAUUCUCUUCUGACAAUGUACUCCAAGUGUGGUGAUCUAGAUUCAAGCAAUUUCAUAUUUGGCAGAUUGCUUAAUAAAAGUAUUGUAUCAUGGAAUGUAAUGAUUGCUGCAAAUGCCCAUAAUGGUCGUGGUGAAGAAGCUGUCAAACUUAUUGUGGAGUUGCGGCAUGCAGGAAUGGAGUUUGACCAGUUCAGCUUCUCUGGAGGCUUUGCUGCUAGUGCUAGCUUGGCAACAUUGGAGGAAGGCCAACAACUUCAUGGUCUUGUCAUUAAACUUGGUUUCGACUCAAACCUCCAUGUUAUAAAUGCAGCAAUGGAUAUGUAUGCAAAAUGUGGAGAAAUGGAUGAUGUUCUUAAAAUUCUUCCUGAACCCAGCAGCCGAUCAAGAAUGUCAUGGAAUAUAUUGAUAUCAGGGUUCGCUAGACAUGGAGAUUUCAAGAAAGCUAGGGAAGCUUUUCAUGAAAUGGUACAACUAGGACCAAACCCAGAUCACGUAACCUUUGUUUCACUUCUAUCUGCAUGCAGCCAUGGGGGUUUAGUGGAUGAAGGUCUUGCAUACUAUUCUUUAAUGUCUUCAGAAUUUGGUGUCCUGCCUGGAAUGGAGCAUUGUGUCUGCAUGGUUGACCUCCUUGGGAGAUCAGGGAGAUUUGAUGAUGCUGAAAGGUUUAUAAAGGAAAUGCCAGUUCCACCAAAUGACCUUGUUUGGAGGAGUUUGUUGGCUUCAUGUAGAACCCAUGGUAAUUUGGAGCUUGGGAAGAUAGCUGCCAAGAAUCUUCUCAAGUUGGAUCCAUCAGAUGAUUCAGCAUAUGUUCUUCUAUCAAAUGUGUGUGCAACUAGUGGGAUGUGGGAAGAUGUAGAGGAUGUCAGAAGAACAAUGAAACUAAAUAACAUAAAGAAGCAGCCAGCUUGCAGUUGGACUAGGUUGAAGAACAAGGUCACUUCGUUUGGGAUGGGAGACCAGUCCCAUCCUCAAGCUAGGCAGAUAUAUUUGAAAUUGAAGGAGCUGAAGAAGAUUAUCAAAGAAGCAGGUUAUAUUCCUGAGACAAACUUUGCAUUGCAUGACACAGAUGAAGAACAGAAAGAGCACAAUCUUUGGAACCACAGUGAGAAGCUUGCUCUUGCAUUUGGCUUGAUUAAUACUCCAGAGAAUUCAACAAUCAGAAUAUUCAAGAACCUUCGUGUUUGUGGUGACUGCCACUCUUUUUAUAAAUUUGUCAGUGCAGCUGUCAGACGAAAAAUUAUUCUUCGAGAUCCCUAUCGCUUUCAUCAUUUUAGUGGGGGCAAGUGCUCUUGUACUGAUUAUUGGUAGUAAGAAUAUUGAGCUCAAAUAUUGUUCCAGAAUCCAUAUUUAUACCCUUAUCAGGCAGGAUAGAAGCUGCUGUCAACAAAUCUCCUAUUUACACAAAAGAAUUUUGCCUUGAAUGAAAACUCUUUAUUCCCAGGUCAUAUCAAAAAGACAAAAAAAAGAUCAAUUGACGGUUUGGUAAAUGUUCUCUAUAUUGGUGAGCUCACAAGAGUUAACAUGUGCUAACACAACUG